UUGCUUACUUAUCUUUACAAAAUAUCAUUUCCCUAAACAUCUUACUUAAAAAUGAACCCUUUACUUAAUUUUCUAAUACCUCUACCUAUUUUUUUGAUCAUUCCCAUUACAUUAUGUGAUCCAAUGUUUACAAAAUCCCUUUGCUUAGAUAAACAAACAAUUAGUCCAAAUAGCAAAUUUCUAACCAAUUUAAACACCCUUUUUUCUUCACUAUACUCUAAUGCAACCCAUAACAAGAAAGUGUACAGCACAACAAUUGGAAAUGGAUCUAACAAAGUUUAUGGAGCCUUUUUUUGUCGAAUCGAUCAAACAAGCGAUUUCUGUCAAUUGUGCAUUUCUUUGGCUAUUCAAUCAUCAAAUUCGAGUUGUUUUGGUAAAAUAAAUUCAAUUAUAUGGUAUGAUCAAUGUAUGUUAAGGUACUCUAAUGAACCAUUUUAUGGUAAAAUGACCGAUUCUCCUAUGAUAUUGAUGAAGAACAAGCAAAAUAGUGUAAAUAUACAAAAUAUUACUAGUAAUUCUACUAGUUUUGCACAAAUUGUGCUUAAAACUUUAGGGGAUGUUUCUUUGCAAGCAUCAUUGGGAGGGAGCGAUCAGAAAUUUGCGACAAAAGAAGGAAUUUUUGAGGCAAAUUUAACAAGAUCCAAUAUGAUUUAUACACUUGCAGAAUGUACAACAGAUUUGUCUAAGGGUGAUUGUUACUAUUGUCUUAGAAAGACUAUUGGGAAUAUGAGUGAAAUGUGUGGUGAUAUGAAGGGAUGUUGUACUAUGAUGAAUCCUAGUUGUAGUGCUAGGUGUGAAUUAAAUGCUUUCUAUGGUGGUUCACUUUCAUCUGGUGUUACUCCUCCUCCUCCAUCUCCCUUAUUUGUUGACCAAACUACAAUUACACGAUCAUCAAGAAAGAAGAAAACAUCAGUUAUAGUGGGUGUCGCCAUUUCAUCAACUUUUGCAAUUCUAAUCCUUCUUGGAGUUUGGAUCUUUGCAAGCAAGAGAAAGUCUAUAAUUUCAUUUGAUGAAGUAGAAGUGAUUGAAGAAGUGAAAUCCUUGAGGUUUGAUCUAUCGAAAAUACGAAAAGCAACCAAUAAUUUCUCUGCGGAUAACAAGCUGGGACAAGGUGGAUUUGGUAAGGUCUACAAGGGAACGCUUGAAAAUGGACAAUGUAUUGCUAUAAAGAGACUCUCCAGCAAUUCUAAACAGGGAAUUGGUCAAUUUAAGACAGAAGUUGUUCUGGUUGCUAAACUUCAACAUCGGAAUUUGGUCAAACUCUUGGGCUUUUGCUUGUCAAAUGAGGAAAAGAUACUUGUGUAUGAGUUUUUGCCUAACAUGAGUCUCGAUCAGUUUUUAUUAGAUCCGAAGAAACGAGCAUCUUUAAAUUGGACCACGAGAUUUAAAAUCAUAAGAGGAAUUGCAAGAGGACUUCUUUAUCUUCAUGAAGAUUCUAGACUAAAGAUUGUACAUCGAGAUCUCAAACCUAGUAACAUAUUGUUAGAUGAACAUAUGAAUCCUAAGAUAGCGGAUUUUGGCAUGGCAAAGCUUUUUGGGAUUGAUCAAACUCAAGACAAUACUGAUAGGAUUGUAGGAACAUUGGGAUAUAUGGCUCCUGAAUAUUUAAUUGCAGGUCAUUUUUCAAUUAAAUCAGAUGUUUAUGGCUUUGGAAUUAUAGUCCUUGAGCUAGUGAGCGGUCAAAAGAACAAGUAUUCACGUCAAGUAGAGCAAGAAGAUGAUGAAUCACUAUUUUUACAGGCAUGGAGAUUGUGGAAUGAAGGAAUGCCAUUGAAAUUGGCUGAUCCAACUUUUAAGGAUGACUUCCCAAUUGAAGAAUUAACAAAAUGUAUACAUAUUGGUCUUUUAUGUAUACAAGAUGAUAAAUCUAAGAGACCUCAAAUGGUUUCAAUUGUUGCCUUGCUUAAUGGAGAGUCUAUAACUCUACCUUUUCCAACUCCACCUAGUUUUAUGGCUUGUCAUGUAAACAAUAAAUAUGAAGAUGGUUACUCACAUCCAACUUUCUCAAGUAUAAGUAUCGAUGUCAAAUAGCUUAGUCGGUAAAGUUUUUUAUAGGUAGAAACGAAGAUUUGGAAUCCAAAUAUAUAUAUACAUAAUGAUUUCCUAUACUUGACAUGGGGUGUUUAGCAUACUGACUAGGGAUGGCAAUAGGUCGGAUUCGGCUCGAAUUAUACAUACUCCGACUUUGCUCAGGAUAAUAGUCGGAUUUUUUUUUCAGUCCACCUCCACUCGAAGUCGGAUCAUGCAUACUUCAAGUUUGUCCCGACCAGGACUCUCAGACCUCCAACGGAGUCGGAUUAUUAUCAAACUUUAUCGUUGUGAUAUUGUACUAAUGAUUUUAAAGCAUACAAAGUUAACAAAAUAUAUUUUUCAAAUAUAAUUUAGCAAAAAAGUAUGUACUUUGAAUUCAAGUUUACAAGAGAAAUA